UUGUUAUGAAAACUUGAAAUUGCCCCUAAUUAAUCGGUCAACCUCUACAAUCCAUGAAUAUUAUUGUUAUUCUAAGCUAACUCUAAGGAGCACUCUACCUACCUGCAGCCAGAGAGCCUGCUCUAUGCCCAUAGUCCACCCUCUCUUAUGUAACAGUUGCCCAUCUUUGCGCUAAAAGAUAGGUCUGUAAACACCAAACAGUCGAGUGAUGUUUACAGGCCUUUACCCUCCCCCAUUACAUCUCUGGUGUCAAAGGAGGGGUGAGACCGGAGUAUUGUUGAGGGAACUGUAUAUGCAUGAAUGGUGUUUUCGUCUUGACUCAAAUUACAUGAACUCUCUCUCUCUCCCUCUCUUUGUUUGCUCUCCGCUCGGACUCGACUGGCCACUCAGCAGGGCGAGGAUCGCUCCUCCUCCCUGUCUCCCACAGCCCUCCAAUCACCUUCUUACCCCGGCCCUGUUGCCCCGCCCUCCUGCCAGGGGCCCGCCCAGCGGCCAGACAGCUUCUUGUUUCGCCUCAGCCAGAAGGAAGAGCAGAGGAGAGGUGAUGGUGCCGCCCCCAGGCCGGAGCCUGAAGAGGUGACCCCUACCCAGCCUCAAGGCCCCAUGGGAGAGGAGGCUGCUCUGGUGGAGCAACUGCGGAAGAACAUAGAGUCGCGUCUGAAAGUGUCCUUGCCCAGCGACCUGGGAGCAGCACUGACCGACGGGGUCGUCCUCUGCCAUCUGGCAAAUCAUGUGCGGCCACGAUCCGUACCCAGCAUCCAUGUGCCCUCCCCUGCUGUGCCCAAACUGACGAUGGCCAAGUGUCGGCGGAACGUGGAGAACUUUCUGGAGGCGUGUCGCAGGAUCGGGGUUCCACAGACCCAGCUGUGCCUGCCCCUCCACAUCCUGGAGGAGAGAGGGCUCCCCCUGGUGGCCGGGACGGUACGUGCGCUCCUGGAGCUGGCCCCGCCCAAAUACACAACCUCCCCUGCCACCACCACUAACCCUCUGGCCAUGUAGGGCAGCAGAGUUCCACACUCACUCAUGGAUGGACAGAUACAGGACCCACCCUCUCGCUCUCCGAAUGUACGUUAUAUGGCUUUCCCUCUCGACCACCCCCCACUUCCCCUCAACCCUAGACCCCCCCCC